AUGAACAAUAGUGCAUCAUUAGAACUUGUACCUGAACUAGCUUGGGUCGUUAAACUGUUUGAACAGUUUGUCAAGCAGGAACAGGAUACAGCAAUAGCAAUCGCAGCAAUCAAGGUGUUGACAGAGGUGAUUAGAAGGAGUCAGGCUGCAACUAUUAUGGGUCUGCAGAAGGAGUUGGCCAAUGCCACUGUACAUCUCAAGCAAUGCGAGUUCAAUACAUCAAUAUCACUAUCAUCAGUCUGUGAACUAUUCAUUAGAUUCGUUACAAGGACAUCACUCGACUUCCCCAACUUUGAACAAUGCAAGGUUACUCUUAUAGAGAGAGGUGAACAACUGUCAAACAAGUCAUUGAUGAGCAGGAGUAAGAUAUCACAACUUUCAAACAAGUUCAUUAGAGACGGCGUCACUAUUCUUGUUCAUGGAUUCUCGCGAGUCGUCCUGUCUGUCCUCCUCAGCGCAUCACAACAAGGCAAGAGAUUCUCGGUCAUCGUUACUGAGUCAAGACCAGACUCCUCUGGAUACAAGCUGGCAUCAAAGUUACAGGACGCCAAGAUACCAGUGACAUUGAUUAUGGAUGGUGGUGCAGCAAGGAUCAUCGAUAAGGUGGACUAUGUGUUGUGUGGAGCAGAGGCUAUCGUUGAGAAUGGUGGCAUCGUCAAUAAGAUUGGCACCUAUCAGAUAAGUAUCGUGGCCAAGGCCUUCAAGAAGCCAUUCUACGUUGCUGCCGAGAGCUUCAAGUUCACCAGAUCCUAUCCACUCGAUCAGUCCGACAUUGUUAUCCUCAAGAAGGACAACGACGACACUACCUUCAACCUAUGCCAGCAAUGCUCCAAGUGCGAACAUCCAGAGCGCUUGACUAUCGACUCUCCAUCACUGGACUACACUCCUCCAUCAUACAUCACACUACUAUUCACAGAGUUGGGCGUGUUGACACCUUCUGCAGUGUCAGACGAGCUGAUCAAGCUAUAUUAU